AUGAGCGGCCACGUCGGGAACCUCAGUCCACGGCAGGCGGAGACGCUUGCCCAGUUUCGGCAGAAGCUGCAGGAUGUGCUGCCCUCCUUGCCUGACCAGGAUGACUAUUUCCUCCUCAGAUGGCUUCGAGCGCGUUCCUUCGACCUGGCCAAGUCGGAGGCAAUGAUACGCAAGUAUGUCGAGUUCCGCAAGCACAUCGAUGGCGACAACAUCCUUGCUUGGGAACCCCCAGAGGUGAUCAGGAAGUACAUGGCGGGGGGCAUGUGUGGCUACGACCGGGAGGGCAGCCCCAUCUGGUAUGACAUCAUCGGGCCCCUGGACGCCAAGGGGCUGCUCUUCUCCGCCUCCAAGCAGGACCUGCUCAAGAACAAGUACCGUGACUGCGAGAUUCUGAGGCAUGAGUGCAACAAGCAGACCCAGAAGCUGGGCAAGAAGAUCGAGACGGUGACGAUGGUCUAUGACUGCGAGGGCCUGGGCUUGAAGCACCUCUGGAAGCCAGCUGUGGACAUAUACGGGGAGCUCCUGACCAUGUUUGAGGACAAUUUCCCUGAGGGCCUCAAGCGCCUCUUUAUUGUGAAGGCCCCCAAGAUCUUCCCUGUGGCCUACAACCUCGUCAAGCACCUGCUGAGUGAGGAAACCCGCAAGAAGGUUGCGGUCCUGGGAUCCAACUGGAAAGAGGAACUACAGAAGUACAUUGACCCCAGUCAGAUCCCAGUGGAGUAUGGGGGCACCAUGACAGACCCUGAUGGGAACCCCAAGUGCCCAAGCAAGAUCAACUAUGGGGGUGAAAUCCCUAAGCAGUACUACGUGCGGGACCAGCUGGCCCAGCAGUACGACCACACCGCGGUGGUCAACCGCAGCUCCUCCCACCAGGUCGAGCAUGAGAUCCUCUUCCCCGGCUGCGUCCUCAGGUGGCAGUUCAAGUCAGAGGGAGGCGACAUAGGUUUUGGGGUGUAUCUGAAGACCAAGGCCGGGGAGCGGCAGCGGGCAGGUGACAUGACCGAGGUGUACCCCAACCAGCGCUACAACUCCCACAUGGUGCCAGAGGACGGAUCCCUCACCUGCUCCGCAGCUGGCAUCUACGUCCUGCGCUUUGACAACACUUACAGCUACCUCCACUCCAAGAAGGUGAGCUACAGUGUGGAGGUGCUGCUGCCUGAUGCUGCCUCUGCCCAGCAGAUCCAGAACGUAUGAGACAAACCCAGCGAGGUGGCUCCCACCCACAGCCCCUAAUGAUGACCCCCUCCCAGCCCUGGAUCCCCGACACACUGCAGGGGACUCUGAGGUCCCACAGCCAGGCAGGUGGCUGCUGUGUGUCCCCAGGAUGGCUGGGAGGAUAGAGAAAGGGGGUUGAGCCCCUGGAGCUCACACACCAACGUGGGGGACUGGAGUGGCACAGCGCACCUGAGGUCCCCCUUCUCUCUGUGCCUUAUGUAGGUCCUGUGCCCACCUGCUGCUGUGUGGUGUAGGGAGUAAAGAGACAGACUGAGCUGUGUCUUGGCUGGUUUUGUCCCCCAGCUCCUUGCU